AUGCCGAAGGGCCUGAACCUCAAGGGAUUCGGGCGGCGGAAAAGCUCGGGAAACAUUCUCGACUUUCCAUCUCCCGAGGAGCAGUCCAGCGCUGCUGCGCCGUCUUCGACUUUCCGUGUCAUUGAGCGAUCGGACAAGAAGGGGGUGACAUAUGGCGCUGCCACUGAUCGUAUCGUGAACCGGCCCUUCAAUUCUCCCAUCCACGCUCUUCGUGGCAAGUCGGAAAACGACCUCAGCAAAGGCAGUGCCCGCCAGCGCAAUCCCGGCUGGCCUCAAUCCGGCGCAACUCGAGGCAGCGGCGGAACGACCACCUCAGGCUCCAGCGGCUACUACGAUUCUUCCUCGGCGUCGGCACGCCACAGCUCAACAUCGACGUUGCCAUCGUCGGUGGAUCCUGAUCGCCAUCCCGAAGAGGACGAGCUGUUCACGCAGCGGGCGCCAGCAGCAGCCUCGGGAAUGUCACAAAGCGCAUCGGCGGGCGCGGACGAAUACGCGCCGCUACCACACCCGCCUUCAUUUUCAUCACGCGCAGCCCGUGCUUUCUCGUUUGGGAAGAACAAAAACGGUGGCAGACCGUCUAUGGAUACAAAAGACACCCCGCCGGUGCCGCCUGCUCAUCACACAAACGGAGACAAUCCACGGCCAACCACAAGUGCGGCAAGCUCACCUAGGGAGCGGGCGAUGACUACCAGCAGCUAUGCCAGCACUGCCGUUCCCUCGAAGCCCGAGCUGAACUUGGGCAAUGAUUUUGGCGGCGAUUUUGGCAGCAGCAUGUUCGACAGCUUGCAAAAGGAGAUGCCUCCGCCUCCUCCGCCCGUAGCGAACUCGUUCCACAGGACGGAAUCGGAGCCGAUGUACCCGCCGAGGACCCUUUCGCGAGACACGCUGUCGAAUUCCCCUUCGCUCAAGCCGCAACAACCCAACCGCGACGAAAAUGCAUCGCCGUAUUCUUAUGAUGAGCCCUAUUCGACAGRCUUCUCGUCGAGCUCGGCGUUAAGCUCCCCCGACCCCAGUGCCCCCAGCGGCGGCCCGACCGUCGAUGGAAUCGCCCAAGCUUUUCUUGGCACCUCAAAAAGCGGAUACGCUCGUGUUCCCAUCGGAGAACGUUGCUCAACCGACAGCUUUUCCGGUGCUGGCUUUAUGGCUGACAAUGGCAAAGCAAGAGAGUAUGAGUAUCCGAAUCGACAAACGCACUUCGAUGAUGGUGACCGCUGGACGAAGAAGGUUGAGCUGCGGGAUCCUCAAGCAUCAACACCCUCCAACAGGCUCGCACCCUCACGAGGCAACGCCGCAUAUGGUCAAGGGGCGGCGAGCGGCUCACGAGUCGGCGCGGCCAGCCCUGGGAGCUCUGCAGGUGGAUCGUGGGCCGGCGCAGACUCCAUGACAACCACACCGCGAGCAAAUGGCCGGAUAGGCUUGACCCAGGACGAAGGAUCAUUGUUCGAUGCUUCUUCCUCCGGACCUGCGUCUCGGGCAGUGCGGCCUGUAUCGCGAGAUCAACGUGCCAAUGACACACCGAAGAAGAUGACAAAGGCACAAUUUCAAGCUCUACAGAAACGCAAUGAGAGCAGUUCAGAGCACAGCGAGGAAGAAGAGAAUGCUUCGAGCGACGAAUACGACGAUGAUGACGAUAUUGAAAGAGUAAGGAAGCUUGCGGCACAGCGGCGACAGCAAGAGGCCACAAUGUCAGUCUAUCGCCAGCAGAUGAAAAAAGUCACUGGCGGUGGACCCACCGACCUUCCUUCUUCCGGGGCUUCGGCAAGACCUGGCAACGACCGUAGUGCCAGCAGCGCAUCUGGUCUCUACUUCGGCGGAAUCAGCGGCACACCACCAACGGAGACGGUCAAAGGCAACACCAACGGUGACGAUGAAGAUGUGCCGCUUGGAAUUCUGCAAGCUCAUGGCUUCCCCAGCGCCAAUCGACCCCCAAUGAUGGGUGAGAAUGACAUGCAUCAGCGGCGGACGUCUAUGGCUGGUUCUGCAAUGGGAGGUGGAGGCGGUGGUGGUAAUCUGCCAGCGUUCGCUCGCAAGCUACCUGCUGAUCCUUACUUUGGCGCCGGCUUGGUGAAUCAGAGCGCCCGCGAAUCAUUGGCCAUGAACGGCACUAAUUCAGUAUAUGGGAUGCCAACUGGACCCAUGCCCAUGUCACAACAACCUACGGGACACCCAGGUGGACUUGUUGGUGUCAUUGCCGGCGAAGAGAAGGCGAGAGCUGCCAGACGUGGUAAUGCCCACACCGCUGCAGGGACAUUCUCGACAAUGGGCAACAUGAACAUGAACAUGAAUGCACCACCACAGAUGGGACGUACCAUGUCAAUGGGCAACCUUGCUCCGCCAUCGGUAUACACUCCCACAGGCAUUCCUCCCAUGCCAAUGAUGCCACCGAUGGGAAUGCCUCAAAUGGGACAGAUGCCAAUGACGCCGGGAAUGGACCCUCAAAUGCAGCAAUUCAUGCAAAUGCAGAUGCAGAUGAUGCAGAACAUGAUCAAUAUGCAGCAAGCACAGCUGGGUCAACCUGGUCAGCCUCAGCAGGACAAUGGCUUUCUUGGCGCGAAUCGACCCAUGUCCAUGGCCAGCCAGCAAGGCUACCCGGGCGCACCUCCGAAUCAAGGACGCUCAAUGACCAUGAUGAACCCGCCCGCUGGAUGGAACUCCAAUCACUCGCCAAGUCAUAGUCGACCUGCGAGCGCGAUACCCCCCACAGGUUCCUACGCACCCUCCAUGAAUGGGCUCACCGUUAACGGCGGUGGGCCGGGAGCAGGCUACACGCCUUCCAUCGCCCCCAGCGAGCGCAGUAACGUGGGCAUGCCAAGUCGCUAUCGCCCUGUAACUCAAUAUGGAGACGCAGCUGGCCGUUCGCCGAGCAUGACCUCAUCCCAUACCUUGCAAGCGUUUACCAACCAACAGUCAGCACCCGGUCCUGGGACUCCCUACAACGGAACACAAGCGCAGACUCCCAAGUCUACCAUCCGGGUUGUGGACAAGUCAAAGGGUGGGCCAAGAAUGUCUUCUGUUCGCGUUGACGUAGAAGACGAAGAUGAAUCAUGGGCGGAUUUGAAGAAGAACCGCGAAGUUAAGAAGAAGUCUCGCUUCACUUUUGGUCGGGGAAAGAAGGAGUCUGCCUCCCAGGAAAAGCCGCUCAGUGACCUUUACCAGAAUAUGGACUAG